AUGAGAGGUCUAGGUGGCCCGCUGAGGGCGGCUCUGGCCGGGGCGCUUCUGGCCAGCCGAGUGCUGGGCGUGGAUAUUUUGGAGACAACCGGCUUCAGCAGCUGCAACACGAACGCCAGCGUGUCGGUGCAAAAGGUGGACAUCAAGUACAACAACGCCGACAAGACGGUUACGUUCAAUGUAGCAGGUUCGAGCAACCAGGUCCAGAACGUCACGGCCAUCCUCAACGUCACGGCUUACGGCCAGAACAUCUACUCGAAUUCCUUCGACCCCUGCGACCAGAACACGUUUGUGCAGCAGCUCUGUCCCAUCCCCGCCGGUAACUUCUCUGCAAAGGGCACCCAAAAAAUCCCUGACGAGUACGCGAGCCUGGUGCCGGCCAUUGCCUUCCAGAUCCCGGAUAUCGCGGCCAUGGCGACCUUGCAGUUGACCUCGAGGGAGUCGGGUGAGAGGGUUGCCUGCAUCCAGUCUCAGGUGUCCAACGGAAAGACAGCCAGCGUGCCCGCCGUCUCGUACGUGGCCACAGGCGUAGCAGGAGCGGCUCUGGUCUUGGGCGGCGUGUCAGCAGUUGGAGCGGCCUUUGCAGGAGGCAGUGCUGCCGCCGGCGGUGGUUCGGCGGCCGGUGGUAUGGGCACCGUCAGCCCCAGCUUCACAGAGGUCUUUGGCUGGUUCCAGGGCAUGGCCAUGAACGGCAUGCUGUCGGUCAACUACCCCGGCGUCUACCGAAGUUUUGCCAAGAACUUUGGCUUUUCGACUGGUCUGAUUCCCUGGACGCAGCUUCAACUUUCGAUCGACGACUUCCGUGCUGCCACUGGGGGCGACCUGACCGGAAACAGUGUCAAACUUUUGAGGAACGCAACUCUGGUGUUUCCGGACGGCUCUUCGCAGACGACCGGACAGGGGUCGUUCAAGAGGGCAGUCGACGAGUUUGUGCGCCUCGCUGCACGACAGAUUGAAACGACCGUCAAUGGCACGGUCGAGGAAACUGGGGAGCAAGGGAGUCCCGAGAAUACCGUCCGGGUGGCCGUGUCUGGGAUUCAGGGCUUCGUGCAGCAGUACAGCAUUCCGUCCUCCAACGCCUUCAUGACGGUCCUUCUCAUCGUCGCCAUCAUUGUGGCGGCAGUUGUGGUGGGCUUCCUCCUCGUCAAGGUUAUCCUCGAAUUCUGGGCCCUGUUCGGCAGCUUCCCCAAGGCGCUGUCGGGCUUCCGCAAGCACUAUUGGGGCUCCAUCGCUCGGACCAUUACGUCGUUGAUUCUGCUACUCUACGGCAUCUGGGUUCUGUACUGUGUCUUCCAAUUCACCCGGGGAGACUCGUGGGCCGCCAAGGUGCUUGCCGGUGUUACUCUGUUUCUCUUCACUGCCGUCCUGGCUUAUUUUGGCUGGAAGAUUUGGAGCACUGCCCGCAGGCUCAGGCAGCUCGAGGGCGACAUCGGCGGCCUGUACGAGGACAAGAGCAUCUGGGUCAAGUACAGCCUGUUCUACGAGGCCUACCGGCGCGACUACUGGUGGGUCUUCGUGCCGACCAUCAUCUACAUGUUCGCCAAGGGCUGCGCGCUGGCAGCGGCGGAUGGGCAUGGAAUGGUGCAAACAAUUGCGCAGCUCAUCAUCGAGGGUUUCAUGCUCAUCCUCCUGCUUUGGAGCCGUCCGUACGAACGCCGGUCGGGCAAUGUCAUCAACAUCACCAUCCAGGUGGUGCGGGUGCUGUCGGUGGUGUGCAUCCUGGUGUUUGUCGAGGAGUUCGGCAUUGCCCAGACCACGCAGACCGUCACGGGCGUCGUCCUCAUCGCAAUUCAGUCCGCACUGACGGGCAUCUUGGCCAUCCUCAUCGCCUGGAAUGCUUUCAAUGCUUGCUGCAAGGAAAACCCGCACCGCAAGCGCCGCAAGGAGAUGGAGAAGAUGCAGCGCGACACCUUGACCCCGCUCGACGCCCGCAAUUCGCUUCUGCUCGACCGCCCAAAGACAGCGUCGACGGACCUGUCGUCGUCCCUCUCGGUCUCUAAAACGGGUUUCACCGGCGUGGCGGUCGAACCAAAAGAGGGCCCCCUUGGGACUUCGCCUGAUCGGUACGGCCACAAGAAGAACAAGAGUAGCUCCGACAGUGACAGGCUCUCCAAUCCCAUGUUUGCUGCACAUUCGCGCGCUCCGAGCGGCGGUUCCCUCAGGCCGCUGAUGCCGAACGCGCAGGAUAUGACUAUGAACCCGAGUCGGGAGAAUCUGGUGCUGGGUGCGGCGCCGCUGCCGAGGGCGGGGGGUAUGCGGCAGCCGACGUUGCCGAAUUUGGGGCCCAUGGGGGGUGGUGGUGGUGGUUAUGGACACUCCCACGCUGGGGGCUAUGGGCAGCAGGGAGGAGGGUAUGGUGGGGGGUAUAAUGGGUACCGAGGGCCCUACGAGGGUUAUUGA